AUGUCCGAUCCAGAUGAGGACACGAAGGUCGCGACCAUUCUUGACGUACUGGGAGAUAUAGAUCCAGCGAUUGCACGCCGCUUCUUACGUCAACAUAAUGGAAAUGCCGAGAAUGCACUCAAUGCGCUCUUGAACGAGAAUACCGGGGAAGGCGCAACCGGGUUGGAACUCGAUCCUGGUCCUCCGCCUCUUGUAGCCGUGCCACCGCCAUCGCCGCACACCAGAUCGCGCUCUCUAGACCGUGCGGAUCAAGAUGAUGAGCAACUGAAAGAAGCUCUCCGCAUGUCCCUCGAAGGCAGCGCCGGUGUGGGCCCGGAGGCAUCAGCGCCACCUACGUCCCUCAAACUUCACCCCAGCGAUAGGCAGCCAGACCUGAACUGGGCUUUGACGGUGCCUUCUCAGGCUCCCGCUGGGAUAUCGCAAGAAGAUGAGAUGAUGCAACGUGCCGUUCAAGAGAGUAUGGCCUCUUUGCAUAACGACGACUUCAGACCUAAGACAGCCUACGAGUGUAUGCGAACUGAUGAUAGGCUCAUGGCGUUCCGCGCAUCCAAUCCCGCUCUCCAAUGGGCUGCAUUGGUCCUGCAAGUCAUCUGCGCGCUCCCGCACGUAAAGCGUGCGCUCGCAGAAUGGGGGAAAGACCUCCCUUCCGACAUCCUGGAGCAGCCAUAUGCUGACGAUCCUUAUGAAACGGCGUUUCUGAUACUGCAGAUGUGCGUUCGCAUGAAGUCGAGCAGUCUGCAGGAAUACAUUGUCGACGAUAUUCUGGCGAAGCUUCAGGUCAAUCCACUUGUUCCUGGAGUUCCGCCUGGAGAGGCCUCUACAGAGCUCUAUUCAAGGCUGACGAUGUCGAUCGAAACUUUGCUUCUGAAGUGCUCGAACGGACAGGAUAAGCUUCGACGCAUCUUCUCUCUUCGGCAUGGGUCGGCAAGGGUCCCUUUGCCACCGCCUGAGGAGGACGCUGUAUUCGAUCCGGCUUUAGACACCAACGUCGUGCACGUGACCGUCAGCUCGGACCGUAGCGAGGGAUCGGAGCUACUAGCAGAGCUGGAGAAGCUCAUGACGGGUACCGCUGAUGGCGCUCGUGUCAUAUCGACUCCCUCGGACAUCAUCGCAUUCAACAUCGUGCGCAUAGAUAUGCUGCCUUCCUAUUCCCAGACCACAUCUGGCGGUGUCGACGCGGGCAGAUCACAAGAGCGCAGGCCAUUCAAGUAUCCGGAGCAUCUCUAUCUCGACCAGUUCUUGAGGGAGAACUACGAUAAGACACAGAGACAGCGCGAGGAGCGCCAGGCAAUGCUUCAGGAGGCCGCUCAGCUUGAGGACAACAAGUUCAAGUUGACACAUCAUAAGGGCAGAGAUGCGCUGAAGGAUCUUCGCGGAAGCUUGUACUACAUGGAAAGCAUUGCGGACCGAUCGAGCCCCGAACGCACAACGAUCGUUGAGCAGAGUGCAGAGAAGCUUCGAAAGAUCAUUGCACACAUCGAGAGUGAGGUCGCGUCUAUCGACAAGAAGGUGGAGAAGUUGAAGGAAGAUGCCGAGAAAGCUCUCUUAGGUGGACCUGACAUGCAACGGCAUCGUUAUGACCUUCGCGCUCUACUAGUGCAUGACGGUCAAGUCGGCCGUAGGCAUCUCAUCUCCUAUAUCAGGAUCGGCAGCCAGUACUUCCAGACCAUAGAUGAUGAUGUUAUCAAGUUGGACGCGCUCCCGUUGAACGACACGACGGGCUUGCAUUACAACGCCGGCCCAUAUAUGCUAAUUUACUCUCGCGCGCCCGCGGACGAAUUCGAUUACGCGGACGAAGACGAGAGUAUCAUAUGGCCGGAAGUGCUUCAGGACAUGGUCGAGAAGGAGAACCAGAACCUUUGGGAACAGGCGUCCGGACAGACCCCAGGCAGUCCCCCGACGAAGUAUGCGACCCCGUCUAGCAUGGAGGUCAACGCAAGCCCGGCUGAGCCGGAUAUUGAGAUGAUUGAGCGGAUGGACACUACGUAG